ACAAAAAGAAUGGAAAGGGCAAGAGAAAUAGGAGAAGGAAGCUCAUCGUCGUUUAGGGAACAACGAAACCUCAGAGAGAAAGAGCGACGUAUGCGCAUGAAACACCUCUUCUCUAUACUCUCUUCUCAUGUUUCUCCCACUCGUAGGUUGCCAGUGCCUCAACUUAUAGAUCAAUCGGUAUCAUAUAUGAUCCAACUGAAAGAGAAGGUAAACUAUUUGAGGGAGAAGAAAAGGACAUUGUUAAGAGGAAAAGUCCAGAAUCGCUCUGAAGGGUCGUCGUCACAUCAGCCAAAACUCAGUAUUAAUUCACGGGAUUCGACCAUAGAAAUGAAUCUGGUUAUGGAUUCAAACAUAAAAAGAGUAUUGUUACGUGAGCUUGUGAGUGUUUUUGAAGAAGAAGGAGCUCAAGUUAUGAGCGCCAAUCUUCAGAACUUGAAUAAUAUGACCUUUUAUACCAUCAUAGCCCAGGCUAUCAUAUCUCGGAUCGGGAUUGAUUCAUCAAGGAUAGAGGAGAGAGUAAGGUGUAUAAUCUCAUGAUUUUUUUUCUUGAGCUUUAUUGUAUCGCAAGUCAUUAGUCUACACGCUAGUUUGUUUGCAAUACUUAUAUGGUUUUUUCUUUAAAAAUGUGUUUGUUCUCUAUACAUGAGAUCUCAAUUUUUUUUGUUUUUCUUUUCUUUAAGAGUGUAUUAACCCUAUUAAGGUUUAAGAUGAAAAGAAUGAAAAAUGUCUUCA